AUGAUCAGACCUGUCGGAAUCCCCGUUGAAGCAAGCACUGCGCUUCCCCCGCCUCGCAAAUCUUUCAAGGGACGCUCCGUUUCUCUCGAGCCACUUUCUCCAAUACAUAUUGACGGGCUAUGGGAGGUAAUCGGCCAACCGGACCAGCUCGGCGUCUGGACAUACAUUCCAACUGAGCCCUUGCCCGGCAAAGAAGCAUUCACUGAGCUUCUGACGGGGUUUUGCAAAUCACAAGAUCCAGUGUUCUACGCUCUGGUCGAUCCAUCCGGUAAACCGCUCGGCUUCUUCAGCCUGAUGCGCAUAGACCUCAAGAACCGUGUUGUCGAACUGGGCUAUGUCAUCUUCUCUCCUCGUCUACAGCGUACCACGGCUGCCACAGAAGCAUUUUAUCUAAUUGCUGCCGCUGUCUUCAGGGAGCUUGGGUAUCGCCGUCUCGAGUGGAAAUGCGAUGAUCUAAAUGCACCGUCUAAGAAAGCCGCCGCGCGAUUUGGCUUUACCCAGGAAGGUGUUUUCCGCCAGCAUUUGAUUGUCAAGGGCCGCAAUCGUGAUACGGCUUGGUUCUCUAUUGUUGAUACCGAGUGGCCGAGGUUGACAAGCUCUUUUGAGAAGUGGCUUGAUCCAGCGAACUUCGACAUUGAUGGUAACCAGCUUUGCUCGUUGAUAUCCUUUCGGAACGCUUGA